ACAACAGUUUCUGAAGGCUUGUCUUAAAAGCAAGUGCAGAGAGAGAACAGACAAGAAACAAGGAAAACUCAGAUCCCACAAACCGGUUUCUCUCUCAACAUGGAGCUCUUACCUUCCAACAAGGUAUCAACGUCUCUUCUACUGAGUCCACUCGUUAUCCCUCUCCUCUUCGCUUGCUUUGCAGCCAUGUCAUUUGCCACCGCGUCCACAGCAACUCUGAAACGACACCCCGGGUUCCUCUAUUCUAGAACCAGAGGAAGAUGCACUCCCCAAUUCUGGAGCAGCAGGAGAGAGGCGUGGCCAAGGAUGGUUCCAGAAACAUCGACGGUUACGAAGGUGUUCGGGUCGAGAGCGGCGGAACGGUAUGGAACGGAGUUGACUUUGUUGGAAGCAGUAGAUAUGAAAGAAGAAGAAGAACGGAACGCGUUCAACGAGCUGGUGAGGGAGGCGAGUGUGGCGUUGCUCAACUCGUACGGUAGGAAAGGGUUCCCAUACUCGGCUUGGGAAGUGAAGACUCUGUUGAUUCAAGGCUUAGUGUCGGAAGAUGCCGCUGCUCACUUAACCCACCGCUUUUCCACUGCAAAUGAUGCUUGUCUUUAGUACCUGUAUAUUUGGGCCUAUUCCAUCAGGCAAAUGGGGAAAU